AUGGGGUCGAGCGGACGCAAACAGAGUAGCAAGAGCGGCAGGGAGUCGAGUAAGGGUGGCAGGGCAUCGCGCAAGGCGGCAGGAAGUGGAAAGCCCUCGUUCUCGGGUCAGAAGGCCAAGGCUGGCUUCAAGCGCGGAGCGAAUAAGUUUGUGGUUGACAGCGACAGUGGCGAUGAUGACGAGGCUAACGAGGCUGACGAGUACGAGUACGAGUACGAGGAUCUCGAUGAGGACGAUGACGACAACGACGACGAUGGAUAUGAUGGUCAAAAGAGCAAGAGCAAGUGCGACGAUGACGACUACGAUGACGACUAUGGGCACAAGCCGCUGGUGUCGAAGAACCGGCUCACAUUGUACGCGCUCGUUGUGGUUGUCCUCCUCAUCCUCGACCUCAUUAUGAUGGGCUUGCUCAUCCACUCGCUGCAGAACGCCGAGGGCUUUUCCUGUUGCGUCCACGCCGAUUGCACGAUCCGCUUCGAUACCAUUUUCCGGCGGGUCAAGCCCGACAACGUCAAGGUCGAGAACGGGUGGUGCAUGUUUGAGCCGAACGUCCACUCUGAUCUCGACGGCUCGUGCCUUGCCAACCAGACCGACGUCUGUGCACAGGCCGACUACUCCAAGAUUUGCGUGGAAGACAACUACCCGUUCAACGGAACGUUCAUCGGCCUGCCGCGCAUGUUUGAUGAGCACACCAAGGCGUCGAUCGGCCUGGGUGUGACCAAGGUUGUGGUUCUCAUCCUCGCAGCCGGCAUCACCUUUUACUGGAUUGCAUUCUGGUGCGGCUGCAUCGGCAAGUCAACCAAGGAUGUGAGCGACUCGAGCAUCGACAGCGAGCGCGGUCGCCGCGCUGGAACUGUCGGCAAGGCCAAGUCCAGGGCCUUGACGAUUGCCGAAUACUUGCUACUCGUUGCCUCGCUCGUCCUCUCCUUUGUCAUCCUCGUCGUCCGCUCGGGCUUUAAGCAAGACUCGCUCUGCGACGUCGUCAAGGACGACGACGUUUACGUCUCGGUCUGCUCCGAUGUCAAGACCCUCUGCCCCUCGCUCGGUCAGCUCACCGUCUUCACUAACCAGGAUACCGCCACCAGCCUGGCCUCGGUCUCGGUUGUUGCCUCGGUCAUCGGCCUGCUGAUGAAGCCGGUGCGCUUCUGCCUCAAGCGCCGCAUCAACAAGCAGUACAAGCACUGGAUCGAGUACGGCUCGUACUACUCGGGCGAGUCCUCAUCGUAG